AUGUCCCGAUGGCUGUUGUCUGUCUCCAAGGCUGGAGAGUCCCCCGCCUCUGCAGGGACCGGCUCCUGUGGUGGCUUGCUUCAGGGUUUGUCCGGCACAGUCCAGAGCCCGGGCUACCCCUCCUCCUACCCCAACAGCGCCCGCUGCGUGUGGCGCAUUCAGCUGUGGGAGCUGGAUCGCAGGGUCGAGCUCCAGUUUCUGGAUGUGGAGCUGGAAGGCAACAGCUGCCAGUACGACGCCAUCGAGGUGUACGACGGCGGGUCCCCUGAGAGCCUGCUCCUGGGGAUCGUUUGCAGGAACGACCAUCGCAUCUUCAAGUCAUCCGGGCACCAGAUGACCAUCCUGUUUCGCAGUGAUGGCAGCAUCACCCAGAGAGGUUUCCGGGCCUACUACUCCUCCUUUCUCAGCUCCGGCAGCACCACGGUUCCAAUCAUAGCUGAUGAGCUGUUGCUGCAGCUGACCGGUGGGCCGAACAGAUGUGCAGGCAACGUGGAAGUCUUCUAUUUUGGAGGCUGGAUUAAAAUCUGUGGGUACCAGUGGGACAUGCAAGACGCCCAGGUUGCAUGCAGGCAGCUUGGCUGUGGCUCUCCUCUUGGUGUGAUGCACUAUUUCCCUUCGAGCAACUCGUACCCAUACAUGAUGACGGAGGUGAAUUGUGCGGGCUCUGAAGAGUAUUUGUGGUACUGCCCUUUCAAGGAAGAGUACUCUGUCUGUUAUCACGGGGAUGCUUCUGUCAUAUGUUCAGACUCGGGACUAACAGUGCCUCCGCCAACAGCACCAGGUAGCUCCAGCUUCACUCCCCCUGAGUCAUGGACCACAGGGACCGGCUCCUGCGGUGGCUUGCUUCAGGGUUUGUCCGGCACAGUCCAGAGCCCGGGCUACCCCUCCUCCUACCCCAACAGCGCCCGCUGCGUGUGGCGCAUUCAGCUGUGGGAGCUGGAUCGCAGGGUCGAGCUCCAGUUUCUGGAUGUGGAGCUGGAAGGCAACAGCUGCCAGUACGACGCCAUCGAGGUGUACGACGGCGGGUCCCCUGAGAGCCUGCUCCUGGGGAUCGUUUGCAGGAACGACCAUCGCAUCUUCAAGUCAUCCGGGCACCAGAUGACCAUCCUGUUUCGCAGUGAUGGCAGCAUCACCCAGAGAGGUUUCCGGGCCUACUACUCCUCCUUUCUCAGCUCCGGCAGCACCACGGACUCGGGACUAACAGUGCCUCCGCCAACAGCACCAGGUAGCUCCAGCUUCACUCCCCCUGAGUCAUGGACCACAGGGACCGGCUCCUGCGGUGGCUUGCUUCAGGGUUUGUCCGGCACAGUCCAGAGCCCGGGCUACCCCUCCUCCUACCCCAACAGCGCCCGCUGCGUGUGGCGCAUUCAGCUGUGGGAGCUGGAUCGCAGGGUCGAGCUCCAGUUUCUGGAUGUGGAGCUGGAAGGCAACAGCUGCCAGUACGACGCCAUCGAGGUGUACGACGGCGGGUCCCCUGAGAGCCUGCUCCUGGGGACCGUUUGCAGGAACGACCAUCGCAUCUUCAAGUCAUCCGGGCACCAGAUGACCAUCCUGUUUCGCAGUGAUGGCAGCAUCACCCAGAGAGGUUUCCGGGCCUACUACUCCUCCUUUCUCAGCUCCGGCAGCACCACGGACUCGGGACUAACAGUGCCUCCGCCAACAGCACCAGGUAGCUCCAGCUUCACUCCCCCUGAGUCAUGGACCACAGGGACCGGCUCCUGCGGUGGCUUGCUUCAGGGUUUGUCCGGCACAGUCCAGAGCCCGGGCUACCCCUCCUCCUACCCCAACAGCGCCCGCUGCGUGUGGCGUAUUCAGCUGUGGGAGCUGGAUCGCAGGGUCGAGCUCCAGUUUCUGGAUGUGGAGCUGGAAGGCAACAGCUGCCAGUACGACGCCAUCGAGGUGUACGACGGCGGGUCCCCUGAGAGCCUGCUCCUGGGGAUCGUUUGCAGGAACGACCAUCGCAUCUUCAAGUCAUCCGGGCACCAGAUGACCAUCCUGUUUCGCAGUGAUGGCAGCAUCACCCAGAGAGGUUUCCGGGCCUACUACUCCUCCUUUCUCAGCUCCGGCAGCACCACGGUGCCAGGUAGCUCCACUUUGACCACCCCCGUGUCGUCGACCACAGAAGAUUAUUUUUGUGGCGGCUUGCUUUCCUCUCCGUCUGGUACCUUACAGAGUCCAUUUUACCCCAGAAAUUAUCCAAACAAUGCCAACUGUGUUUGGGAAAUAGAAGUAAAGAGCAACUUCCGUGUCACACUCGCAUUUAGAGAUGUUCAGAUGGAAGGUGGCAGAUGCCUGUCUGACUACGUGGAAGUCUACGAUGGGCCACUCUAUACCUCUCCUCUCCUUGGGAAAUUUUGUUCUGGUUCUUUUCGCACAUAUACCUCUUCCUCAAACCUGCUGACUGUCCGAUUUUACAGUAACUCUCGAUACACAUACAGAGGGUUUCAGGCUGACUAUUAUUCCUCUCCAGCAGAUAAGAGCACUACACUGCUGUGUUUGCCAGACUACAUGCAUGCAGUUGUGAGCAGGUACUACCUUCAGUCACAAGGCUACUCUGCUUGGAAUCUCUCCUUGAAUGACCCCUAUUGCAAACCCAACAUUACAUCAGAGUAUGUUAUAUUCGACAUACCAUACACUCGCUGCGGCACGGUGAGAGAGGGAAACAACAAUACAAUAACCUAUUCCAACAUUAUUAGAGGAUCCUCUUCUGGUACUGUAAUCACAAGAAAUAAAAAUCUUCACUUGCAUAUCAACUGCAAAAUGCUCCAGAACACAUGGGCACAAAUAAUGUAUGUUGCGGAGGACAAUUUUGAAGUCAAUGAAACUCAGUAUGGCAGAUAUGAUGUAAACCUUACAUUUUAUCAUUCUGCAUCCUUCUCACGGCCAGUGUAUGACUCGCCAUACUAUGUUGAUAUCAACCAGAAUUUGUUCCUUGAAGCUUACCUGCACAGCUCAGAUCCAAACCUAGUGUUAUUUGUGGACACAUGUGUGGCAUCUCCCACUCCCCACAAUUUUACGACAGUAACCUAUGAUAUAAUCAGGAAUGGGUGUGUUCGAGAUUCUACAUAUGCUACGUAUUAUUCACCCUACAGAAAUGUGGCCCGGUUUAAAUUCAAUGCCUUCCAGUUUAUUCGUAACAAUCCAUUGGUUUACCUGCAGUGUGAACUAGUGGUGUGCAGGGCCUAUGACUAUUCUUCCAGAUGCUACCAAGGUUGUAUUACUAGGUCCAAGAGAGAGGCAAACUCUGGCCAGGAAAGUGUGACUGUUGUUGCUGGUCCAAUACAGCUUCAGGAAGCUGGUGAUAAGAAAAGGAAUGCACGUGAUUUUAAAUAAAACUGUCUCCUUUAGCAGACAGCAUCUUUAAAUGCCAAUUUAAUUCUGAAAGAAACUAUGCUGCUGCUGAAUUACCGGCAGCUCUACAAUAAAAGUUAGGAAUGUGCUUACUGACUCAUGCCUGCUAAUCCCACUUCAUAUUGGUUGUCUUUGUCGGCACAUAAUAAAAAGCUAAUUCAGCAGCUCUGCGAGGAGUCUGAUGACACAGGGCACAGGAAGCUCUGUGGAACUCACCUGUUCCCAAGCUGCCUGCAACUUGUAGCUGCUGUGUCCGAAAAGCGGGUCUGAAAGCUUCCCUGACAAAUUUGUAAUCUCUGAGCUUUUUGCUUGUUUUGUUAAUGGUAAAACUAAAUGUUUAAGUUGCAGUUUAAAUCUAUAAACAAGCUCUACUAAUAUAAACCUUGUCUGAUGUGUAUCUAGAGUACCCUGGAUAGGUAUCUAGAGUACCCAGAGUGCAAGAAAUCGAUUAAUCUUUAAAUCUGAUCUAGAAUGCCAUUUUUUCAUUUUUAACGUUUUGGAAAUAACAAGAUGAGGGAUCAAAUGUAACCAUGUCCUCUCAUCCUUCCCAGAGCUGGACCCUUUUGUCAUCCAGGAGAACAUGAAUUCAUCUCCUGCUCCAGCUGAUAUUUCUCAUGCACCAUUUAUUAUUGCUGCCCCUGGCAGUUGCUUUUCAGUCCUGUUGGGUUUCUUUUGAAAUAUAAAGUGAAGAAACUAAUUCCAUACCAGAACACGUGAGACAUUGGUUGAGUAAUUUGAUGGAUUGAGUAAUUUUCUUGUGUUAAUUUCAUCGACAAUUCAAGUUUAAAAUCCAAGCAUGAAAGGCUUUCUGUGGUGAUGGCUCACCUUAUGAGGAAAGGUGGGCUUGACAUAAUAACUCAGUACUGAAGGAAACCAGAAGUCCAGGGAAAGUUUACAGCCCCAUAACAACCCACAAAUUAGUUGCCACCUGCAAUAUUAGACUCUCAAAUCUUAACACAGCACCUGAAUCAUCAUCUUCCUUCUCUCAAGAUGGAUAUCUUGACUCUGCUAGUGAAAAAUACAGCCUGGCUUGUGGGGAACCCAGAUGGCCGGUUCUUGUUCCACACCGAACAUGAGUUUGUUUCCCACUUCCCCAGAAGUAAAUUAAGAUCAAGAGUCAGUCCUUCCUUUCCACAGGGCAGUUGUGAAUACUUCACGAAAUGUGUGCUGUGUGAUGGCCAGUAAUGGAGCCCAGCUGUGUACCUCUGAAGGUGCUUCAGUAAAUCUCAGUGUGGUGCAACAGAUGUAUUUCAAUUUACCCUUCAGGCAAGGCUAGCACUGUUGAAACUGCCCUGUAAUGUUUUCUGUUUCCACUGCACUCAGUGCUAGCAGGCAAAAUAUUUGAAUGCAAGUACUACUGUUGUACUCUCCUAAGCCUUCUUUUAAGUCUUGUUUUCUAACAGUUCUGAUUUUCUAAGAUGGAGAUUAAGUUUUGCAUAAAAAUUGCAUGGCAUAAUGAAAUGUUUCAGAUGAAGAAGGUUUUAUGCAGCUAAAAAUACCUAGACAAUCAUGCACGACUGAAAGAGAAAAAUGAUUCUUCCGAUCGCAUAUGGAUCCUCAUACAUAAUGUCUGAAUAUUUUGUGACUAGUUCUUUAGGGAGGUCCUUCUUGUUGAGAAAAUGAGCUAUUUGAGCUAUUUUCAGUUAUGGCUGAUUCCCAAUAUACAUUACGUAAUUACAAAAUCAGGAAGAGGGUGUUUCUAGUCUGAUAUUUCUGUCUUGAUUCAUGAAAGUGUCUCUGCAUUUGAACUCAAAGU